UCUGUCACUGCAGCGUUGAUUGCGCAGCCGGCUGCUUCUGUCGCUGUCUGCUGUCUUUUUUAACCACGGCCACAUCAGACGUAUGACUACCAUCUAACGUAAACGCCAAAAGUCUCUCUCUUCUCGGACAAAACACAUGGACACAGUUGCAUUCAGACAGCAUGGGCUCCAGAUUAAAACAAAACCCUGAGCGAACCUUCUACUGGUUCUUUGAAGCAGCUUGCCCCGUAGCCAGAGACAAAGAUCCUGGAUUGCUGUUUACGUUUCCAGAGGACUUUAGUGAUGAGGAGUCCUGUCAAACAUUGCCCAGGUUCUGCUUCCCAUAUGACAUUCAGAGAGUGAGGGAUGGCGUCGCUGUGCAGCACUUUACAUUUGUUCUGACUGACCUUGAGGGAUGCCAGCGAUUCGGCUUCUGUCGUCUCACCAACAGCACACACACCUGCCUUUGCAUACUCAGCUAUCUACCAUGGUUUGAAGUGUUUUACAAACUUCUCAACAAUUUGGCUGAUUACCUCUCAAAAGGACAGACCAAUGAGAUGAAAGCACUCCUGGCUGCGCUCUACAAACAGCCCAUACCACUGACAGCGGGAUCAGUCACUCUGCAGAUGGGUGAGCAGCUGCUGGUCAGCACAAAGGUGUCGCAUCCUGUUGCACACCCAGAGGGGCAAGAUGGGGUUCCAUACUUUAUUGCUCCAGACCCCAGGAGCCUUCCUUCCAUCCCUGAAAAUAGGAACUUGACUGAGCUGAUUGUAGCAGUGGAUGUGGGGAACUUGCUUCAGCUCUAUGCCAGCAUGCUGUUUGAGAGACGCAUCCUCAUCUUUGCGAGCAAACUCAGCACUCUGACAUCUUGCGUGCAUGCACUAUGUGCUGUGUUAUACCCCAUGUACUGGCAACAUAUCUUUAUUCCUGUCCUACCACCCCACCUACUGGAUUACUGCUGUGCACCUAUGCCUUACCUGAUAGGGGUCCACACAAGUUUAUCUGAGAAGGUGAGAAGUCGUGGACUAGAGGAAGUUGUCAUUCUGAAUGUGGAUACAAACACGCUGGAAACCCCUUUCGAUGACCUUAAAAGGAUACCUUCAGAUGUGAUGUCCGGGUUAAAGGUGUGUUUGAAGCGUCAGGCAGUGUCACCUGGAUGUGGUGUCUCUCGGGCCUUCCUGAAAGCUCAAGCUCUGCUGUUUGGAGGCUACAGGGAUGCAUUGCAGGGGCAGAAGGAGGGUGAAAUAUCUUUCUGUGAGGAGCUGUUUUUAGAUCACAAGUCCCCCAGCAUGAAGCACUUCCUGCAGAGCGCCAUUCAUUUACAGUUCUUCAAACAGUUCAUUGACUGUCGACUGGACAUUUUGAACAAAGGGAAGGAACCAGAUGAUCUCUUUGAAGAGGAGAUAAUAAAGUGUGAAACAGCAGCAGGAAGAAGCAAAUCUUAUCAACAAUUAGUUGGCAACCUAAAGAAAGGAGGCGGAGCUCUUAUCCUCAACAUGAAGACCAAAGCAAACAUGAGGGCCAAAGGUCUCACCAGGUCAGGUUUGAAAAACCUACUGAUGCACAAGGUGCACAAUGAAGAAAAUAAUCUUCAGAGAGGUGGAUCGAUGUCACACCGGCGUGCGCAAUCUGACUGCUUGCAGAGCCGCCUGCCAAUCACUCAGCACUUUGGGAAGUCACGUCCCCGACGCCCUGUUCACAAACAGAAGGCUUCCAAAGAUAUGGACGACAUGAAGGAUGAUGGAGAUGAAUGGGAUGGGGCUGUGUCUGGCCCUGUAGCUGAGCCUGAAUCUGAGCUCCAGAAGGAUGAAGAAGAGGGGGAAGAUUCACUCCUCUGUGACGAAGAGAUGGAUCUUCUUGGGGAGAUCUUUGAUACACUCAGUUCCCGGAGCUCCCAUGAACGUGGGCUGCUGUAUGGCACUCGCAGCCUAGAUCUGUUUGGCCCAGACAGCCAUGACUACAUAACGAAGAAUCAUCCAGCCAGAGAGACAGAGAGCCUGUCCCUGUCCAUCAGCGGCAGUGGCAGUCUACACAGCUGGAAUCUGGAAACAACAGAGGAGCUGUCAGACCUGACGGAGGACUCUGAUUGGCUGUCCUUGGACACCAGCUUACCAGAGGAGGAUGGGACAGAGUGUCAGCUGACAACAUGUGAAAUGGGAGAGCAAGAAAGUGGCCAGAUGGAAGGCAGAGCGAAACAGGAACAAGUGCAUGUAGCAUUAAAUGGAAACCAAGAAGAAGGUGACAGAAAUAAAUUUCAGGAAGUGAAGUUAGCAGCAGAGAGGAAGACAAAUGAUCAAGAAAAGAGAGUGAGUUUUGGGGAGAAUCCUGUGAAUGAAGUUGAGAAGCAGGAGGAUGAAAGGUUAAAAGAAAAAGGGGAAGAUCAGAAAAAUCAGAGUGAAGAUUUAUCUGAGGAACCAGAGACAGAACAAGGAACAAAGUACGAUGAAGUGCAGCCAAGUGUGACAACAGAAGACAGAAACGAGACCCAAGAGGAUAAAGGUAAAGAAGCAGGAGGAUCUUUAAACAAACUUAUAAUACUGAACCCCCCUCAUCUCAACUCUGUAGAGGAGCAGCAAGGACAAGAGGAAAUAGUCACUCCAGGAACUACAGUUACUCCUGGACCUCAGAGUUUUGCUGCCGACCCUAAACCUCCAGAUAGUAAGGAAACAAAGAGUGAAAAGGCAACAGGGAAAGAGCAGCAAGAGUUAAGACAGACCCGGUCUACUCCUAAAGUGAUGUCUGCUGUAGCACGUUUCCAGUCUGAGGGAUCCAGCCACAGCUUCCAGAUAAAGUCCAGGAUAACAUCUCUGUCCGAACCUGGAAGACCUGGGAACGUGCUUCGAAGCAGAGAGAACGCACAAAUGACAAGUGACUCAGAUCUAUCUGAAACAAACUGCCCUGAGGCAACUAAGGAGGAGGAAGACCGCCCCCUGAUCAAAGUGUCUGAACUGAAGAAGAGAUUCGAAGCUUAAAGGAUGAAGCUGACUCCAGCUUCUGAUACAGUUAACAGAUCCCAUCAAAAGACAAAAGCAAGUCUCGCCAUUUCCUCUGCCCGUCUGUGUCAUCCCAUUUGUUGCAACUGAAAAUGGAAUUACUAAAAGGGUUACUUUCACUUUUUAAUAAGGGCUCAGAAGUUCCCUAAAUGAGGCUCAUAUCCUGGCAAUUGCUACAAAACUGGAAUAAUCAUCACAGAUUUGUCAGUAACAAACUACAGUGUACAUCUGUGGUAGAGGACAACCCGGAUGUAAUAUUUACACAAUUUUGUCUUUUUAAUGGAAUUUCCUGAUGGUACCUGAUAAAAUGAACAUUUGCACUUAGAAUUAAGAUGAAAAGGCAGCGUGGCUGAAAUAAACGUAGAAAUUCUGUGCCACUCAACACAUGUUCUUCCUUUUACUUUUUACCCGCUGAUCGCUCAGUCUGAAAGCACUUACAAAUGUGUACGAAAACUGACACAUUCUGAACAUAAUUCAAUUUGUUCAAUAAUUGUUCGCAUAGAAUCUGAAUAAAUAACUUUAAUAAAACUAAAUAUUUUGAACAUUUGAAUUCCUUUCUCAAAUUCCAGUCAAGAUGGAUCUAAUUCAAAAAACAAGACACAGAAGAAGCAGCAGUUCUUCAUGUGCACUCAUUUAUUAUUAUUUACAAAACACACUGUGUACCAUACACACAGAGAUUUGAGGUUGUCUACCAAACUGAGCUUCUCAGAACUUGCUGUCACAGUCAGUGUUUUUAAUCAAUACUCUUCAUGAAUGGCAAAAGUGUAAAACUAUAUUUUAUGCAUAAAUAUACUAAAUACAGAGAAAUACAAAAAUGUACUAAUCUGCAUACACAUACAAAAAAACAAACAAA